AUGUCUGAACAGGCUGCUAGUUCACAGAGGCCUUCUGGCGAACGGACGAACUUGAAGGAUGCCAUUGGAAAUAUGCUCCGGACUGACUCGCAAUGGUUCCAAAAUUUCGAUGAACAAGUCUUGAAACCAGUGUUCUUAGACAGUACUUCUUCCCCAAUGACAAAUAGGGACGAAGGUUUGAACAGUAACAGAGAUUCUCCUAGAUUCAUGUCAUCUCGUAAAUAA